AUGACAUCUACCCACAGCACCCUUGUGGCUGCUCGCGAGAAGGGCGAGAAGGGCCAAGAAACCACACCAUCGCCAUCCAUGUUAGCGGAGGAGGGAACUAUCGAGAAGAAGGAGGAGACCGGCACGGCCACCGAUGAAGAGGCCGGUUCGGUUCAACCACAGGAGACCCAGGCCGAAUACCCUACCGGUAUGGCUCUCGGGCUUAUCGUCUUUGCCCUUGUCCUCAGUAUCUUCCUCAUUGCCCUCGACAUGACCAUCGUCGCAACCGCUAUCCCAAAAAUCACCGACGAGUUCAAGGGCCUGGACCAAGUGUCCUGGUACGGAUCCGCCUUCUUCAUGACUGUCGCUGCAUUCCAGUCAACCUGGGGUAAAGCAUUCAAGUACUUCUCGCUCAAAUACUCUUUCCUACUAUCUAUCUUCAUCUUUGAAGUGGGCAGUCUCAUUUGUGGUGUUGCACCCAACUCCAUCGCGCUCAUCGUCGGCCGUGCUAUUGCCGGCGUCGGUGCAGCAGGCAUUGGUUCGGGUGCCUACACUAUCAUCGGCUUCUCCGCCCCGCCAGACAAGCGACCCACGUUCACCGGCAUCAUAGGUGCCGCCUACGGUAUCGCCUCUGUCAUCGGUCCUCUCAUCGGCGGCGCCUUCACCGAUCAUGUCUCCUGGCGCUGGUGUUUCUACAUCAACCUCCCUAUCGGAGGCCUUGGUGCUGCCAUCAUCUUCUUCUUCUUUAGCAACCCGCCCCAGGCAGUGCCUGUCAAAGCCAGUUUGCGCGAAAAGAUUCUCCAGAUGGAUCUGAUCGGAACCUCUCUUAUCAUGGGCGCUACCAUCUCCUUCCUCCUCGCCCUCCAAUGGGGCGGCAACACCCACGCAUGGAAUUCCUCGGUCAUCAUCGGGCUGUUUGUCGGCUUCGGUCUUAUUAUCAUCACAUUCGGCGUCCUUGAGUGGUACCAGGGUGAGCGUGCUAUGAUCACGCCUCGUCUCAUCAGCGACCGCACAGUCUACAUCUCCUCCGCCUACUCUUUCUUCUUUGGCGGCUCCUACUUCGUGCUUGUUUACUACCUACCCAUCUACUUCCAGUCUGUAGGCAACACUUCUCCUACCGAGUCUGGUGUGCGUAACCUCCCCCUCAUCAUUGCUGUCACCAUUGCAACAAUCAGCUCGGGUAUUUCCAUCUCCAUUACGGGUAUCUACGCUCCUAUCCUCGUUGGCGGCGCCGCCAUCGCGACGGUCAGUGCCGGUCUCCUUUACACCCUGGACAUCGGCACCGGCAGUGGCAAAUGGAUUGGCUACCAAAUUCUCGCCGGCCUCGGCUGGGGCGCAGCAUUCCAGGUUCCCAUCAUCGCUAUCCAGGGUACGGUAAGCGAGUCUGACCUCGCUCCCUCCACCGCCAUCCUCCUCUUUUUCCAAAUCGUCGGCGGAGCCUUCUUUGUCGCGGCUGCUCAGUCCGGCUUCCUCGUCACCCUCCUCAAGAAGGUUGUGGAGUACGUCCCCGGCAUCAACCCGGGCCUUGUUGCCCUCACUGGUGCCACGGAAAUUCGCAAUGCCUUCCCGGCUGACGAGGUUCCCGGCGUCGUCCACGCAUACAUGGAUGGCCUCAAGAUCGCCUUCGCCAUCAGCAUUGCUGGUGCGGGCUUCGCCUUCUUGGUCUCCCUCGGCACCAGGUGGAGCAAGCUCAAUACCAAGAAGAUUUCCGGUGCUGGUGCCGCUUAG